UCGGUCGUGUGCGAGAGAGGUUGUUUAAGCAACUAACGAGUUAAAUAAUUACUGACGCAUCAAUUUGCUUAAUUGUCGGGCUUCGUUUAGGGUGCAAGGCAUUGUAAUUAAGAAAAAUGGCACCCAGCAGUACAGAGAGCCAGUCUAGCCCCAAUGCUGGUUUAUUAAUACCCAAGUGGAUAAACGAAGAUUACUUUCGGCACAUAGUGGAGGAGGAAUAUCCCGACUUGGUGGGCAUAAAAAGGUUCACACCUAUAGCAGCGACUGCCCCGGGAGAGAACUACACUUCAGUUAUGGUGCGAGUCAACGUGGACGUGGAAUUAAAGGAUGGCAGUACGCAGCAAGCGUCUUACAUUUUGAAGACCAUGCUGGAAUCAGCGGCCAGUGCUCAGUUCGUUAAGGCCAUGGGCCUGUUUCCUAAGGAGAAACAGAUGUAUGAGGUGCUUAUACCCGCCUUCGAAAAGUUCUAUAGAGCUGCUGGAGAAGAACUGAAGCUAGCGCCCAAUUGCCUCCAUGUUGAUGAGAGUCCUGAACGCAUAACUCUCAUUAUGGAGGAUUUGAGGCGCAAAAACUUCAGCAAUGUCGAUCGUUUGAAGGGCUUCGAUCUGCCCCAUAUGCGAGCUGUACUUCGGAAACUAGCCGAGCUACAUGCGGCCUCUGUGGUAUAUUACGAGCUAAACGGACCCUAUGAUCCCCAUUUCAAUCUUGGCAUGAUCAAUGAAACAAAUCGCAAGAUGUUUGAGGCAAUAGCCAACGCACGUCAGAGCCUAUAUUUGCAGGCUAUUCAUCAAUGGGGAUUAGAUGAUCCCGAAUAUUUCAUUGGCAAAAUAAUUAAACCAACGGACGCUUCCGAUGAGGCCAUACGAUUGAGUCAAGUGGAUCCCAAUGAGUUUAAUGUUCUGAAUCACGGAGAUUGCUGGUCCAAUAACAUAAUGUUUAGACACAAGGAGAAUGGGGAUAUCGACCAGACACUCUUCGUGGACUUACAGAUCAGCAAAUGGGGCUCACCAGCACAAGAUCUGUGGUAUUUGAUAACCACAUCGGCAGCACUUGAUAUUAAAGUUAAAGAGUUCGAUCACUUCAUUAAAAUAUAUCACGAACGACUGGUCGAAUGCCUAAAACUAUUGCAAUACAGCAAAAAGUUGCCCGCUCUGAAAGAGAUACACUCUCUCAUGAUCAAAUAUAGUUAUUGGGGUCCAUUUACUGCAAACGGUGUGAUGGUCUUCACACUAUUGCCCACUGAUAAGGAUGCCAAUAUUGAGAGUGCAAUGCAACUGGGCCCUGAAGGUGAUGCCCUUAGACUCAAGUCACUAUUGAAUCCGUACUACUCCAAAGCCAUGGCUAUACUGUUGCCCUUUUUCGAUAACAAAGGCGCGCUGGAUAUAGACAAGAAACCCUAAAUUAUUUUCACCCAAAUGAUUAGCAAAAUUUGAAUAAUCUUUAAAACAAUACAAUAAAAUAAAACAAUCAGGUGUCGUGAUGAUGAAAA